UUCACUCCUCCCAAGCAGCCGUCCGCGAUGACGACGUCGUCGUCGAGGAGCUGGUGGAAGUGAAACCGUCGAUCGCCACCAGUCGCGCAACGAUCAAGCAACCGUUAACACCAAACACGCAGAAAAAAAGUAACCAAAAAAGUAGACGACAAGUGCCUGCGAAAUGACGUCGCCAGCCCCAACGGCGGCCCUUAUGGAACGCCUCGACAAGCAAUGCAUACCGAAGAGCAAGCGGAAGAUGCAGAAGCAUCUGAGGAGCGCCGGAUUGGCGUACAUAUCGCGCACGGGAAAACUAAUUCCUGCCAAAACAGUCGCAGAUGAGCUGUGCCAGUGCCCCCAAAAAUGUGAUGACCGCGUGCCGCAAGAGGCUCGCCAGCACUUGUUCACGCACUUUUACGGCUUGGGCGAGGCCGACCUGCAAAACCAAUUCCUCAGGGAGAACAUGGACCUUAGGGCGCGUCUGAACGUGCCCGAGACCACGGGGUCGGGGCGUCCCCCGCGCCGCAUCACCUGCAAGUACCUGGUGCCUUUGUUACCGUCGCACGACAAAGUCGAGGUCUGCCAGAAGGCCUUCGUCAGCGCUUUUGUGAUAACCACCAAACGGGUCAGGCUGCAGAGGGAGAAGCUGAUCUCGAGCCUGGGCUUGAACAGCUACAGCAGCCACAACAGAAGCAAAAACAACAACAAUAACGCGAACGUUAUGAACAACAACACCAACACCACCAAUCAGAUCAGCAGCAGUGCCGAGAUCAAGCGGUUCCUGAACCGGCUGAUGCCUUUGAAGCUGCCUUUAGCUCUCGAUAUAGAUCGAGAGGUUGCUAGCGACGAUGGCGAGGAGCGGCAGCAAGACGAAACGCCAAAGAUCCACGCGCCGCCUCCGUCGAAGAGGUCGAGGAAGUCCGUCGACAACCCGUUGAUACCGAUGGGGCUGCUGGUGCCCGAAGGAGUUACCAUAGCGCCGGUGGUAGCGCAUCCGGACCACGAUCGCGACAUCGCCAAGAUACACAACUUCUUUUCCAACCAGCUGUGGAAGCCGGAGUAUAUAGGCGCGUAUUCAUGAGGGGCGCUUUACAUGUUAGCGAAAGUGGCGCCCUCUAUCGAUUCCUGCCCGUCAUCGUACUUAGCUUAAUUCUUAUACAUAUUAUACAUGCUACAUUAUAUAGAUUAAAUGUAAUGUAAAUGAUCAAUUUUUACCUAAAACUAAAUGAAGAUACCUAUACGUAUUGUUAUUUAUAUUUAUACGAAAUAGUUUAUUAUUAUAUGGAGUAUAUUUACUUGUUUUGAAUAAAAAUGUUUUUCUAA